AUGAAUAUCUUUAAUAAUAUUUAUCAACAAAGUUUAGCUCAGAACAACCAUAAUGUAAGCUUUUGGCAAGAUUACUUAAAUCAGCUGAAUACAUUGAAUUUUACAUCAUUUAAUGAUAAACUGAAAGUUCCUAUCUUAGUCCCACUUGGAAAUAAAAUAUUAUUUAAAGGUAUACUUAAACAUACAAAUGAAGUUAUAGUAUCCCUAGGAUCAGAUUAUUUCGCCAAAUGUUCCAUUAAACAAGCUGAGAUAUUAAGACAGAAUAGAGUUAAAGAUGCUAAAUCCAAAUUAGAUUUAUAUGAAAAAGAACAAGACUACUUAAAUAAUCAAUUACAUCUAUAUAAAGACACAUACUUCAAUCCUGGGUUUGAUUUAAUUGAAACAUGUACAGAAGAAGAAGACCAGUUAUGGAGGUUAAAACACAAAGAAAGAGUAAAAAAGUAUAAUCUAAGUGAAGAAAAGAAAAAAGAUAUUAGCAAUAAUGAAAUUGCAGAUGAAGAACUGUGGGCAAGAUUAGAGGAGUUAGAAUUGCAAGAAGAUUUAGAAGAAGAGUAUUUAUAUAGUAGUGGUCAUACAAAUUCUCUUAAUUUAUUACAAGAGAAUUUGGAUACUAAUAAAACUGAAUUUGACAAUGAUUCUAUUGACCGUAAGGCAGAAAAUACAAAAUCACAACUAUUACAUGAAGUAGCAGUAAUGCAAGAAAAACUUGAGGGCAAACUUACUGAGAUACAAAAUAAUAAGUGCAUAGUUCAAAGCAAGUCAGAAAAUAAUUUACUUGCAGAACUAGAAGAAAUUGAAAAAUUAGAGGAAAUUCAAGAUGAAAUUGACAGGCUAGAUUAUAUUUUAAAUGAAGAUUCUGAUGAUGUCGAUGAAAAUUCUGAAAAACAAAAUAUUCCAAUGCCAAAGAAAAAGGUUUCAUUCUUUAAUGAGGACGAAUGUGAGACAUUAGAAUUAACAUUUAAACAUUCAAAUUCAGGACCAAGUAUAUCACCAUAUAAUGCAAACAUUGGGAUUACAAAACCAAGUGACAUAUAUGAAGCAUUUCCUGUUUCUUUUCUUAAAAAAACUGCUUCUGUCUUAAAAAACAGAACAGAAGAAUACAGUACAAGUAACAAACCACAUGAGCCAAACGCAGUUCAGGAAAUUUCUAAAAAUAAUCAAGAUAUAGUCCAACGGGAUACAAUUGUUGUCAAGGACAUUACAGAGAAAGUAGAGUUUGAUAUGAAUGUCAAUGAGAAGAAAAAUCAAAGAACUCAGAGUCUAUUUAAAAAGAGGAGACAGAAACCUAAUCCGCUAUUUGAGGAUAAUCAAUAA